AUGGGCAAUGAAACCCCUCCUAGGAUUGUUGGGUAUUACGUUGUCUUUCCGCAUAUACCAGAUGAAACAGUAGAGAAUAAUAGCUUCAUGUAUGGCAUAGCGAAAGGAGAAGAUUGGCCUAAGUUGGCGACAGCAACACCAAAGGAAAUGUACGAAGGGACUGUACGGAUGCUCAUGGAGUAUGGAGCCACGUCGAUGGAACAUCUGGAACUCCUGCAGAAACGUAAGCAAACCUUGCAUUAUCUUGACAUUUUUACACAUUUUUACAUUUGUUCCAUUUUUAUACAUUCAUGUGUCUUUUCUUGACU